UUUUAGCAAGUCACCGUAUGAACACGCAAAUUUAUCCUCCAAAAGAUUGCAACACGCAAGCAUUGACAUCACAAUUCAGUUUCACACUUCAUUCUAAUCUAAUCAUUAUCAACAUUUCUACUUAUAAUUACUUAUAACACUUCACUCUCCUUCUCUUUCUAUCUUCCUUUGCAUUACCAACAUCCUUAACACCAAUCAUAAUGGACAAGGAAGUUGAACUUUGUUCUACCAAUGAUGUUCAUGAAACGGUUUCUCAACACAUCUCACAACCACAAAGAAGCAAGGGUGGUCUUAUCACAAUGCCUUUCAUCAUUGCAAAUGAGGCACUUGCAAGGAUGGCAAGUUUGGGACUUUUACCAAACAUGAUAUUGUAUUUGAUGGGAACUUACAGGCUUCAUCUUGGCACAGCUACUCAGAUUCUUCUCUUAUCAUCUGCAGCAAGUAACUUCACACCUGUUGUUGGUGCUUUUCUUGCAGAUUCUUAUUUGGGUCGAUUCAUGGGUGUUGGAUUAGGUUCUGCUGUCAGUUUCUUGGGAAUGACACUGUUGUGGUUAACAGCCAUGAUCAAACAGGCACAUCCUCCAGCUUGCAUCCAUCCAACUCAAGGCUGUAAAUCAGCAACAUCAGGACAAAUGGCAAUGUUACUCUCUGCCUUUGGUCUCAUGUCAAUUGGUAAUGGUGGUCUUUCAUGUUCCUUAGCAUUUGGUGCUGACCAAGUAAAUAGAAAAGAUAAUCCCAAUAAUCAUAGGGUCUUGGAAAUAUUCUUCAGCUGGUAUUAUGCUUUCACAACUAUUUCUAUCAUAAUAGCUCUCAUUGGAAUAGUUUAUAUCCAAGAUCAUCUUGGAUGGAAAAUUGGUUUUGGAGUUCCAGCAGCACUCAUGCUUUUGUCUACUCUCUUGUUCUUUCUUGCUUCUCCUCUUUAUGUAAAGAUUAAAAAAAGAACCAGCUUGUUCACUGGUUUUGCACAAGUAACUGUUGCUGCUUAUAAGAACAGAAAACUUCCAUUGCCACGUAAGAAUUCAGCUGAAUUUUACUAUAAAAAGAAGGACUCAGAUCUUGUUGUUCCAACUGAUAGGCUAAGGUUUCUGAAUAAAGCUUGUGUUAUCAAGGAUCAUGAACAAGAUAUAGCCUCUGAUGGUUCAGCAACAAACCCCUGGAGUUUAUGCACAGUAGAUCAAGUAGAAGAACUUAAAGCCAUUGUUAGAGUGAUUCCAUUGUGGUCUACAGGGAUCAUGAUGUCCCUUAACAUUGGAGGCUCAUUUGGAUUGUUGCAAGCUAAAUCCUUAAACAGACACAUCACUUCACACUUUGAAGUUCCAGCAGGAUCUUUUAGUGUAAUCAUGGUAGCUGCAAUAUUUGUGUGGAUAGUUCUCUACGACCGCGUUAUUAUUCCUCUAGCAUCAAAGAUCAAAGGGAAACCAUUUAGGAUCUGUGCAAAAACAAGAAUGGGAAUUGGUUUGUUUUUAUCUUUUCUCCAUUUAGUAACUGCAGCAACGUUUGAGAGUAUAAGAAGAAAGAAAGCAAUCAAAGAAGGAUACAUUAAUGAUACUCAUGGAGUGUUGAAAAUGUCUGCAAUGUGGCUUGCACCUCAACUUUGCAUAGGUGGUAUAGCUGAAGCAUUCAACGGUAUAGGACAAAAUGAGUUUUAUUACACAGAGUUUCCAAGGACUAUGUCUAGUGUUGCUGCUUCACUUUCUGGAUUGGGAAUGGCUGCAGGAAACUUGGUAUCUUCUUUUGUAUUCAGCACUAUAGAAAAUGUUACUUCAAGAGAAGGAAAAGAAGGUUGGAUUUCUGAUAAUAUUAACAAGGGUCGUUUUGAUAAAUAUUAUUGGGUUAUAGCUGGUGUUAGUGCUCUUAAUAUAUUGUAUUAUCUAGUAUGUAGUUGGGCUUAUGGACCUACAGUUGAUCAAAUAUCUAAGGUAAGUGAGGAAAAUGGUUCCAAGGAGGAGGAAUCAACUGAAUUGAAGAAUGUGGAUCAAGUAUAUGAAAGAGUUAGUGAAGAAAAGGGUUCUAAGGAGAAAGAAUUACCUGAGUUCAAGAAUGGGGGUCAGGUUGACAAAGUAGUCAAGAUUAGUGAAGAAAAUGGUUUAAAGGAGGAAGGGUUAAUUAAACAUUAAUGGAAUUGAUUAAGCAAAUGGAAGGCUAUGUGGAAAUAGAGAUGUUGAAGUCCUAAAAAUAGUCUGGUUGAUAUAUAUGUUGGAUUAUAGAGUGAAAAUCCUUAAUAGGAAAUGAUCAUGAUUCACACUCAAAUUGGAUAGCCAUAUUUCUUUUUCCCAUUUGAUUUGAAGAGUAGUAUUAGUUUGUAGUAUAUGAGUAGGCUAUAUAAAUGAAGUAUUUGGUUAUUAUGUAUACUAAAUUUAUAUAUGAAGAUACAAAUUUGCUGAUAUAUAGUAUAAGGGUCAGAUAAGGAUAA